AUGUCUUUCAAUUAUUCUUCAAUUAUUGAUGAACAUCUUUCUCGUGAUGAUCCAUUAUUUUGGAGUCGUCCAACACCAGUUAAUUGUAAUACAAUUCGAAUUACGGGCAUACUUUUAUGUAUUGCUGCAUUUAUUGGUAUUGUUCUUAAUGGAACUCUAUUUUACAAUUUUAUACGAUAUAAAGCUCUUCGUUCACCACCAAAUAUAUUUAUUAUGUUUAUUAUUGGAAUGGGUCUUUUUGCAUCUUGUACAAUACUUCCAUUGACAGGUACAUCUUCAAUUUAUUGUCAAUGGUUAUAUAAACGUACAGGUUGCCAAUUAAGUGCUAUUGUAGCAUUUUUAUAUGGUUGUUCAAGUUCAUAUUUACUUUGUGGAGCAAGUCUUAGUCGAUGUUAUAUUAUUAUUCGACCAUUUCAAGCUAGAUAUAUUACUGUAAACAAAUGUAUUAUUAUUUCAUGUAUUGCAAUAUUUAUUGCAUUUAUUUGGACUAUAUUACCAGUAAUUGGAUGGAAUGAAUAUACAAUGGAAGGCGCUCGUACUUCUUGUUGUAUUAAUUGGUACGAUCGACGACUUAAACAAAUGCGUGAAAAAAUUGAAAAUGGUAUUCAAACAAUAUUUAAUCGAAAACGAAUUGAAAUGGAAGGACGUGUUCUUAAAAAUAUUAUAACUAUAACAAGUGGUUUUAUUUUUACAUGGACUCCUUAUGCAGUAACACUCUUUGUUUCAGCAUUUCGAGGUAAAGACUAUGCUAUACCACCAAUGGCUACUUUCUUUUGUGCAUGUUUUGCUAAAACAUCCGUUAUAUGGAUUCCAAUGUUUUAUGUUGCUACAUCGACACAAUUUCAAUUGAAUUUUAUUAAUCGAGAUGCAUUAGAUCAAUCAAUAGGAACCAAACGAAUAGAUACAGCAGCAC